CCAUCUAGGCAGAGGAGGAACAAGGCAUUUGCCUCCCUUCGCAAGAUAUCUCUGUACGCAUGGACGCUGGUGUUAUAGUUCAGGGUUUUGUCGCAAAGGUGAUUUGCUGCGAGAGUUACUUUUGUGUAAUUCUUGUGCAAUCGCGCGGUCGUCCUUCCAAUCAACCAUGCGCCAAUAAGUGCGCUCAGCCAGGCUCCUGCCGUUUUACUGAGUGUCGCCGCUUGCCAAACUGCCAGGCUGGCGCCUGUGCCGAAUGUAUCUGGUAAUCACACGGGGCUUGAUGUACCAACAAAGGUCCGGGUGGCUCCUCUGAUGAGGAUGGUGACGAUUCUGACAAUGGCCCUUCCAACUACAAGAAGCCAUCUGUUUCUAAGGGUCACAACCCUCGUACGCCUGGCAAGAAUCUUCGACAUACCUCACCAACCAAUGCCCAAGGCCCCAUACUCGGAGCUUCCUAUUUGUACCAGGAUAGCACACACCUUCAAGAGAACACGAAGCGUCCUGAUGGCCGCUGCCUCAUUAGCACUGUUGGGCUUGGGGAUCCCGGGAGCUCGGUCAGCGCAACAUAUAGCUACACAUACGACCUACCCCCGCCAACGAUCGCUGAUCAGUUGGGGGUCGUUUUUGAUGAAAACUCGUUCUUGUCGAAGGUCAUUCAACAGAAUUCUCCAAAACAGAUUCGACGACCCAGGCGUCGAAGACGACCUUCAUCCAGGACCCGCUGCCAUUCGAACCUCAGGGCAUCACUCGUAUCCCAGACUGGUCUGCGAAGUGUAGCUGGCAAUCUCGAGCGACCUGGGGCUGGACAGUCUCUCUCAUCCCUCAUCUCAUCACCACACGAGACAUCAGCUCAGGAAGACAAAUUCAUUCAGCCAGU